GUCUCUAUUCACGCUGGUCUUCACCUCACCGCUCGCAUUCAUAGGAAGAACUUGCCAGUCGAUCUGCGAAACCCAGCCACCACUGAGACUACCAACACGAACACGAAAUCCGAACACUCUUGCUAUAAUUGUCUUCUUCGGACUCACAUUCAGUGGGUGAAUGCACCCAUGUAGUGACAAGGUGCUAACAAGGUCAGCAAGAACGACACACCAUGGUGACUACGCGGCGAAGCAGUGCAGAGGCCGACUUGUCUGCCAAUCUCCCCCAAAUACCUACUAGACGGAGAGAAACUAGAGCCAGCGGUACGCCAGAGACCAUUCUGAAGCCUCUCAAGAUUCGAACAGCCGUCUCACGAAAUCCUUCCAAAGCAGCAGAUAGCACAGCCCUGUCGAAGUUGAGUAGCAAGAUGGAUGAGCCUACUCUCACUUCUCCAGUUACGCCGAAGAGGUCUAGAGUAACUUCACACUCCACUCUUGAUCAUUCAUCACACCAGUCAAUCAGAUCUUCAGAUCAAUCAGUCGUAGCGACCUUGCACGAAACUGGUGCACUUGGCAGUUCUCAGAAUCCUAUCGUCUUCACAGAGGACUCGCCCAGAGCAACAGCUAAAGGGAAGAACAAGCGGAGUAGGACUGAAUCCCAUGAGUUCCAUGAUAGGGACAGCAGGCCAUACACCUCCGAAGCACCGCGAACUGCUCUUACGCCGAAGCCGACGAACAGGAGCAUGGUCACCGGUCUGCUAAGUAGCAGCGUGCAUCGCAAAGACUCAGUUCAGCGCACGCGUGAGCGACUUCGAUUGCCCGACCCAGUCCAGAUGCGAUUUCCAGCCUCCGCUCAGCACUCGGCUAUGAUCUCGAAGGUUGACAAGUCAGCUCCGCGCACGAGAGAGCAAAUCCGAUUGCUCCCCAAGAUACAGAUGCGAUUUUCGUUACCCACUCAGCACCUGACUCCGAGCUCGAAGGCUGGGACAACUACCUCUCCCGCACUCCCUACAAUCCAACACUUCGCUCCCCAACCUCGCCCAUACGCUCAGCCUCCGCCACCGCUACCCCUAAACGAAGACCAGCUCCGCAAGAAAGCAGCCCAAUACGUCCAAGAAUACUGGCGUCCACCAGCGCGCCCCGCAGACCCCACGGGGAAUCCACCACUCCAACACCCGACACCCAUCAUCCUCCCCGACCCGCACUUCCACCUCGGCCCCCUCGUCGAACAAGUCUCCCUCCUCAACGCCCUGCUACGUGCAUACCCCCACUCCACAGACGCCCACGCGUUGCGCGCGGAAAUCGGACUGCUGGCGUCGGUGCAGGGCCAGCAUCUUGCGGACUGGCUGGAGUUCGAGGCGGGGCAGUCGCGGAAGGCGGCGCAGCGGCAGCAGGGGGACGCGUGUGGUGCGGGCGGGGGUAAGCAGAGGCUUGCGGUGGUGGAUGGGCGUCGUGGGCUGGCAGAAGCGGAGGUCGAGGUGAAGAGGAGGGAGAGGGAUGAAGAGAUGAGAAGGCUGUUGGCGGCGGAUGGGGUGCUUUGGCGGGAUGGGUCGGGGGUCGGUGUUGCGGAUGUUUAUGGGGCGGGGGCUGGGGGUGUUGUGGAUGGGGAGAGUGGAGGGGAUAGUGAGGACGGAGAGGACGGGGUGGGGACGCCGGUGGGGAGUGUGGUGGCGCUGGCGAGAUACGAGGUACGAGAGGGCGGGCAGGCUGAGGCGGCUGGUGAAAGUCACGGAGCUGCCAGUGUCGACUCGCAUGGCAUUACGCGCGUGCGGUCCGACGGUGCUUGCGUCUCGUCUCCUCUGCUGAGACGCGAUGUCCCGAGUACCGUGGACCGGGUUGCGCGGACGGUGUCUCUGCCCGCGAUGGGGAUGGAUGGCAGGACAAGGAUGGCGCCGGCGAGGGUCAGGUCAGAGUAAGGUCGAACAGCGGCUAGCACUUCACUGCGACACAGCCCCGUCGUGGAGAACAGCACAGUAUUGCAAACAAGGCGCCUCGAAUGCAGAACAUAUUAGCCUUCACAACACGCACACCAAGUCUCAUCCACAAGUUCAACGUAUCUAUUUGGGUAUCUCCCCCCCUCAACAUCUCAAACACCUCACACACACAC